GUUUUUCAACUGGUUCUCCUCCAACUAUGCGUUUCUGUCGAUGCUCGAUACUCCGACCUCUGUUCACUACAGAAUAUGGUCUUGAUCAGCUUGACAGUACGUGGAGCUUGAAACGUUUAUACUUAGAGCUUGUUACUGUGGUAUUCUGAGGAUAUCAGGUCACUAGUAUCUCAAAUGAGAUUAGCAGAUCAUCAACAUUUCAUGCACUCCGCACAUAAUGUGAGCACCAUUUUGCCGCGCAAAGGUAGGUGAAAAGACAUUCAACUGUCUUCGCGGUGACCAGUGACCAUAGGCCACCACCAGCAAACCUAUCAGCAUGGUCUCCCUCGACGAACCAUGGACAAUAUCCGAGGACUUACUGAGCUAUUUUAAAAAGAAUCGAGAAACGUUGCUAUCCGAAAAAUCCUUCGCCAAUAAUGCUCUUAUUAUAAGAGCUAAAAGAGAGAGAUGCACUACAGCCCCCAGACCCAUGAUGUUUGUUCACCUUCCUGCAUAACUCUGGGGAUUAUGACUGGGGCGUUGCUGUUAAAAGGCGUGCCUUGCGAGGAAAGAUAAAUUGAGUGGUAUUUAAAGUUCACUACAGUUCAUCGACGCUAUAGAAACGUAAUUUGUAAAAAACGUAUUUUGACUAGAAAACAUUUUACAGCGAAAAAAAGUCGAAAAGGACGGAAGUGUCUGUGCUGUAACUCGUUCUAUGCCUCCAACGCUUCACUCUCGGUCAAAUUCAAAAUGGUGGACGUCGUGGAAGUUCGGAAUUUAUCUGCCAGUCUGAAUUUUCACUUGAAAAAAUUAUGCUUUUUUAUUCCUUUUGGUGAUUCUAAAUAAUAUAUAGUCUCUGCUGUGUCUUAAUCCUUGGCAGGCCGGUUUAUUGGAAAUUGCCUCAUUUUGGAAAGGCAGAAAGUUUCAUCAAUUGUAGGGCAGACUGGCCACGAAAAUCUUCUAAAAUGACUUCUAUCAUCAAGCUCACAGUUCUUUCAGGAGGACAAGAUGAGACUCCACUUGCUUAUCUCUUACAAGUCGAUGAGUUUCGGUUUUUAUUGGACUGUGGAUGGGAUGAAUCUGUCAGUGGAAAAGCUAUUGAACCUAUAAAACGACAUGUAAAUCAAAUUGAUGCAGUAUUGAUUAGUCAUCCUGAUAUCUACCAUCUCGGAGCAUUACCAUAUCUUGUUGGUAAUGCUGGCCUCACUUGCCCAGUCUAUUGCACCAUUCCUGUUUAUAAGAUGGGACAAAUGUUUAUGUAUGAUUUUUAUCAGUCUUGUCAUAAUUAUGAAGAUUUCGAACUUUUUUCCCUGGAUGAUGUUGAUGCGGCAUUUGAUCAAAUUAUCCAGCUCAAGUAUUCCCAACAUGUUAGUUUGAAAGGCAAAGGUCAUGGUUUAACAAUCACUCCAUAUGCAGCGGGACAUAUGAUUGGGGGUACAAUGUGGAAAAUUGUUAAAGAUGGUGAAGAAGAUAUAAUAUAUGCUGUGGAUUAUAAUCACAAGAAAGAAAGACAUUUAAAUGGUGCAGUUUUGGAAACACUAAGUCGGCCUUCGCUACUUAUAACUGACUCUUACAAUGUCCUCAAUUUUCAAGCGAGGAGGCGAGAUAGAGACACUCAACUCAUGUCACAAAUCUUGAAAACAACAAGAAGAGGUGGCAAUGUUCUUCUUGCAGUAGACACAGCAGGUCGUGUUUUAGAACUCUCACAGUUACUAGACCAGCUAUGGCGGAAUCCUGAUUCAGGACUUCUAGCAUAUUCACUAGCUUUGUUGAAUAAUGUUAGUUACAAUGUUGUGGAGUUUGCUAAGUCAUUGGUUGAAUGGAUGAGUGAUAAAGUGAUGAAAUCUUUUGAAGUUGGUCGAAAUAAUCCUUAUCAGUUUAAGUAUUGUAAACUUUGCCACAACCUGGCUGAUUUGGAAAAGGUCCCUUCCCCAAAGGUAGUACUAGCUAGUAUGCAAGAUCUCAUGUCAGGUUAUGCUAAAGAUUUAUUCAUUGAAUGGGCUGAAGAUGAGAGAAACAGUAUCAUAUUCUCAACAAGAACUGCACCAGGAUCUGUAGCAAGAAAACUCAUUGAUAAUCCUGGCACUACUAAAAUCGAUUUAGAGAUCAAGACUAGAAUCAAGUUAGAGGGAGCAGAAUUAGAGCGUUACUGGGAGGUUCAGAAAGAGAAAGAAAAGGAUAAGAAAAUAACAGACUCAGGAAACAAAAGCAAAGAAACAAUUGCAGAGAGUGACAGUGAUAGCGAAGAUGAAGGAGUUGGUUUGACAUUUGGUGGAAAAGCAAGACAUGAUUUGAUGAUGUCCGAUGAAAAGAGAGGAAACAAGAGUAGUUUCUUCAAACAAGCCAAAUCAUAUCCCAUGUUUCCUUGUAAGGAAGAGAAGGUGAAAUGGGAUGAAUAUGGUGAGAUUAUUAGACCAGAAGAUUAUGUCAUACCUGAAACAACUUUGCCUGAAGAAAAGAAAGUGAAGACUGAGCCUGCAGAUGCUGUUAUGUCAGACACAGAAAUGGUUCCUGUAGGAAAUGAUGAUCGUUUUAGUGUUCCAACAAAAUGCGUAGUGGAGAAACGAACAAUUGAUAUCAAGUGUUCACACAUGUAUAUUGACUUUGAAGGAAGAUCAGAUGGUGAGUCUAUCAAGAGAAUCAUUUCUAUUGUCAAACCAAGACAGCUGGUGGUUGUACACGGCAGUCCAGAAGCAACUAAACACUUGGCAGAAUAUUGCCGUAGAAAUAGCGAUAUGGAAGUGAAGACUGUGUUCACACCAAAUACUGGAGAGACAGUGGAUGCCACUAGGGAAAGUCAUAUAUACCAGAUUAUACUACGUGACUCCUUGGUGAGUGCACUUCAGUUUUCUGAUACGCGUGAUGCAGAAAUUGCCUGGGUUGAUGGACAGCUUAUCAAGGAACAUUUGAAAUCUUUACCACAAGAAGAUAUAAUGGAUGUGGAUACCUUUGAUUCAGUACCUGUUUUAGAACAACUGCCUUUGACUGAGAUUCCAGGUCAUGAUCAGGUGUUUAUAAAUGAUCCAAGGUUGUCAGAUUUUAAGCAGAUCCUUCAAAAGAACGGUAUUCAGGCAGAAUUUGCUGGUGGAGUCUUAGUUUGUUGUAAUGGUGUGCUCGCUAUUACCCGGAAUGAAGCUGGACGUAUUGGUUUGGAUGGAGCAGUGUGUGAUGACUACUACAAGAUCAGAGAGCUACUGUAUGAGCAAUUUGCAAUCUGUUGAGAACAUCCACUAAUCCCUCUCUUGUUGAGACACAAAACCAGGUAAAAAUUGAUGUAAUUAAUUCCCUGGUAUCAGCAAUGAAAACAGCAUCAUUUGGAAAGGGAAAAAAAUUGCAUUAAGGAACAAACCCAGUAGGCAGCUAUGCAAAUAACAGAUGUGCGCAGAUGCAAUGCAGCUGCCUAAAUCUUUGUGCUCUGACUGCUAUCAAUUACGCUGAACAUAAAAUCCUUUCUCUGUUCAUUUCAUUUGUUUCAUCCAUUUGUAAAUAGCAUUUCUAUGCAGAAAAAAGACAUCACCAAUAAACC